AUGAGAUUGAACUAUCUCACUGACUAUUCUCUCCUUCUCCAUCACACUCUUUUUCUUUCUUUCUUUCUCUCAAGCCCCCAAUAUAUAAAUAAACCCAUUAUCCCUUUCUUUUCUUUCUUUCUUUCUUUCUUUCUUUCUUUCUUUCUUUUCUAUCUAUCUAUCUAUGUUGGUUCAUAUCUAUCUAUCUAUCUAUCUAUCUAUCUAUCUAUCUAUCUAUCUCAGUUUCUUCAUAUUGAUUAUCUAUCUAUCUAUCUAUCUAUCUAUCUCAGCCUCCUGUUCAUAUUGAUAUCUAUCUAUCUAUCUAUCUAUCUAUCUCAGUUUCUUCAUAUUGAUUAUCUAUCUAUCUAUCUAUCUAUCUAUCUAUCUAUCUAUCUAUCUAUCUCAGCCUUUUGUAUAUCUAUCAAUCUAUCUAUCUAUCUCAGUUUGUUCAUAUUGAUACCUAUCUAUCUAUCUAUCUAUCUAUCUAUCUAUCUAUCUAUCUAUCUGUCUGUCACAGUCUUUAACUUUUUAUGUCUUUCUCUCUUUUUAUAUUUCUCUCUCUCUCUCUCCUUCUUAGCAUAUUUUUCAUAUUAUUCUCCUUUUAAAUCUCUCUUUCUAUAUUUCUUUUUACAUUUCUCUCUUCUUUCAUUAGCACACUUUCAUGUCUUUCUUUCUUUUUAUAUUUCUCUUUUUCUCUCUCUUUCUCUCAUAUUUUUCUCACUUUUUAUCUUUCUCCCUUUCUCUAUCUCUCAUUUAGCACAUUUUCCAUGA